AAAAAAUAAAUUAUAAAAUUUAAACGGGCAGUUGGCAAUUUGUGUUUUUUGGUUUCAAAAUUUUAGUUUUUGAUUUGUUUCUUUUCGUACGAAAAUUCAAAUUUAAUUUUAAAUAAAAUUCAACUUAAACUCAGUUGAUUUCAUAGUGAAUGUUCAAUUGGAAAUUGUUGUGUAUUAAAGGAAUUUGAAUUUCAAGAAAAAUAAAAAACGAGACAAAAAUCUUAGUAGAAAAUGAGUGCUGUCGAUGCUAUUAUAAAUUUUAAACGUGAUCCCAAUGAGGAUUUCUAUGGCAUGCUCAAUUGUGAUGAGAAUUCAUCGAUUGAGCAGAUUCAAGCUGAAUACAAGAUUUUAGCCUUGCAAUAUCAUCCGGAUAAAAAUAAUGGUGACAAGGAUGCCGAAGCCAAAUUUCAAAAAUUAAAGGAGGCCAAGGAGACCUUGUGCGACCCAGAGAAGAGGGCCAAUUAUGAUAAAUGGCGCAACAGCGGCAUAGCCAUGAGCUACAAGAAUUGGUUGGGUAUGAAAGAGCAUGUUGGUCAGGUGAGAAGAUACACUAUAGCGGAGAAAGUGGAUAAAGAGUCCAUGCACUGGGCUACACCCAAAACUAAGGAUCGCAUGUUGCCCGAAACUGCUGCAGCAGGUGCUGGUGGCAGUGGUGGUCUUUCGGCAGCCUCACCAAAUCCCGCCCAUCGUCGUGCUUCUGAGGGAGGUGCUGCUCUCUACUAUGGCAGUCGUAAGCAAGAAUGGGGCACUGACAAUUCCGAAGUGGCCAACAAGUUUCGUAAUUACGAGAUUUAAAUGGUUUUGAGCGCAGUACAUUCAUGGACGAUUUAUACCAAAUAUCUUGUUAUAAUAAUGAACCAAUUUUAAAAAAACUUUAGUUUAUUUUCCUAUAAUUUAAAAUAAAGAAACAUACAGAAAUUAAGGCAUUUCAAAUUUUAUUGAAAAACUUUUCCCAGAAAAUCAUUAAAAAAAAAAUAAAAAUUUUAAUUAGAAAAAUAUCAGCAUUCAAAGAAAACUAUAACUAAAUGUUAAAAUUCCCAGAGAAUAAAAUAAUAAAUAAAUGUUUAUAGAUGUUUUACUUAAUAUUAAAUUUUUAAAAUAUAUUAUAUUAAAAAAAACAAAAAAUAUGUCAUAUUAAAAUAAUAAUAGUUAAUAUUUAAAAAAAAUGUAAUAACAAAUUGAGAAACUGUAAUUUCAACUAAACAUUAAGAAAACAAUCUUAAAAAAACACAUUAAAAAGGAUUUAUCAUUAAAUGAAAAGGAAAAUAUUUUUGCAAAAUAUUUUAAGUUAAUGAAAACAAACCUUUUGCUGUCUUUAGAUUUAAGAUUAAAAUAAAUGUUUAAAAAAUAUAUUUAAUUAAAACAUACAAAAAAAAAACCAAGACAAAAUGUCAAAAGCUACAAAAGUAAUGAUCCCUUAAGACAAUCCCCUUGAUUAAAACAAAAAGUACCACGCGAGUAACUUUAAAUGAUGAGAAAAGUACUAAAACAAAAUAAACUUAAACCACCUUUUUAACAUAAAAAAAGAACAAAGCACUUAAAUAUAUUUAUAAAUGAAAUUCUAUAUAAAUAUACGACAGUAUUAAACUAUUUUAAUAAAUGUUGUUAAAAAGUCUAAAUGAAAUAAAUAAAAGAAAGAGUUUGAAUUUGAAACCUUAAAACUAAA